UUACUUGCGAAUGACGUAAUAGUGCGCAUGCGUACUAGCGGUGGGCGGAGUUUUCCAGUUGGUCAGGAAGAGGAGAAAGGCGUACAGAGAAACACCAAGAUGGCUGCUAUCAGAAAGAAGUUGGUGAUCGUCGGUGAUGGUGCAUGUGGGAAAACCUGUCUCCUCAUCGUAUUCAGUAAGGACCAGUUCCCAGAGGUCUACGUACCCACUGUGUUUGAAAACUAUGUGGCAGACAUUGAAGUGGACGGGAAACAGGUAGAGCUAGCACUUUGGGACACAGCGGGUCAGGAAGAUUAUGACAGGCUGAGGCCCCUGUCCUACCCAGACACAGAUGUUAUCCUCAUGUGUUUCUCUGUGGACAGUCCUGACAGUUUAGAGAAUAUUCCAGAAAAGUGGACUCCUGAGGUGAAGCACUUUUGUCCAAAUGUUCCCAUCAUCCUGGUAGGAAAUAAAAAAGAUCUGCGCAAUGAUGACCACACCAGACGAGAGCUAGCCAAAAUGAAACAGGAACCAGUCAAAUAUGAAGAUGGCAAAGAGAUGGCAAACCGCAUCAGUGCCUACGGCUACCAAGAGUGUUCUGCCAAAACCAAAGAUGGUGUGAGGGAAGUCUUUGAGAUGGCAACUAGAGCUGCGCUGCAGGCCAAAAAGCGUAACAGGAAGUCCACCUGCCUACUGUUAUAGGCACUGGGAGCAGAGGGGGCUGUCAUUAAGCACAGAUAGAGAGGACAGCUUCCACUGAAAUUUGACCGGGGGGGAGGGGAGAAAAGUUAUGCAGAUGCUCAAUUUCCGCGAUCACCCAGUUACCCCUAGCAAAGUGGAGCAGAUCUGAAAUGAUUCAAAAGACCACAUACACCAUGGUUUUUGGACUCUUAAGUUGUGUGCCACUUUUCUUGCAUCAAUUUAAAUACAAAAGAAAAAAAAUCUGAUCUAGAAGUCAGCAGGGCAGGUUAUGGGUAUAAUUUGAAGUUGACUAGUUAAAAACAGGGGAGCAAAUGUGCCAUGAUGGAAAUUAGGAGAGAAAAGGUCGAUAGAAGGCCAAAGACACUGAGAACACAAGAGAAGUCAGAAAAGGACGUAAUUAAAGCGUAGGUUUGAAUUUAGGCCAUCUCUAAGUAAAUUUUACACAGUAUCGCCUACAUGUAGUGCCUUGAGAGUGAUGGUUGUUGAGGGGUGGGGAUUCAUAACUUAGGGUAUUAUUUGUCAUUUGUAAGAGUCCACACCUCACAUUUGUGAAGGCUUUCUCCCUGUCACUGGCUUGGGUACUUCAGGCCCAUUUUCUGACUCAGGCGAUAUGCAGGGGUAUGCCUAAAAUUAGAUUGUAUGAGAUAUUUUCCCAUACAGAAUUACUUACCUGUACUUUAGAGUGUGUGUAUGCAUUUGUAUGGUAGUUUGUUUUUCUCCAGUGCAGCUCUGCAUGCAGUGAAUGUGUGUAUAUUUGUGUGGUUGUGUAUUAACAUGUGUCUACGUACUGUAUGCAUGGAAAGGCCGUCUGUGUCACUGACCUUAACCCCUUUUUUCCAUGCCAAAGUUACCCUCCCCCCCCAAUGGCCACAUUUCAUGGCUCAGGUGGGUAAUGAAAUUAACAGCUACUCAGAGUGACAUAGAAACCUUCACUUUACUGGAAGACGACAUACUAUAUAUAGCCAGAGGCACAAUCAGGUUAAACACAUGAGUUUUUAGGACCUUUUUUGAUUGUGUUAAUCAGUGGGUCAAAUCAUAAGUGGUGUAGCUGAUAAGUUUAAUAUUCUUUCAAAUAGAUGGUAGGCUUAUCUUAUCACUAUAUUAUCUGUUAUGUACUGUAUGUCUUACAAGGCCUUGUAAGGACAUGGUAAUGUUGUGUACUUCAAGUUUGCCUUUUACUCCAUUCUCCCCAUUCCCCUCUUUACUGAUAUUGUCAUUAUUGUACUAUAUAACUUUUUAUUGUUGAUGCCUCUAAUUUACUUCAUAUAUUUUAAUCAUUUUACUCGAUCCUGCUGUUAUGGUCAGCUUAUGUCAGUUAAAUGAUGAAUUGUAACCGCUGUCUCAUUUAAUUAAUAGAAAGUCAAGGUCAAGGUGCCGGGCUAGAGUAUUUUGAGGGUGGGUUGCUAGAGGUUUUUUUGUUUGUUUGUUUUUUUUGUUUUGUUUUUUUUCUUUACUGUGAUAUGUAUGGGUAUUUCUGGAUUUUUUUUCAUAAAGCUGGUAUUAGGGUUAUCUGUUUUAAGGUAUUUAUGUGUUCUUUGAUUUAUUCAUUUAUUAAUAUUUACCAUUUCCCUGUGUCUUUUUUUUAAUUACUUUCCUGGUUUUUUUUCCUAAAAUAAAAUUGCACAUAACAUGUCUAUA